UUCCCUGAAAAUUUCCUUUCUUUUUUUCUCUUCUACGUAGCCUAAAAAGUUUCCUAAUCCAACAGAAAUGUCGCUAGUAAAAAUUGAGGAGUUUGGGGGAAAAAGGGAGAUUAUCAAACAUUUUAGCCAUGAGCAUCCACUAGUUCUGGUGAGCGCACAAAACGUUCCAAGAGACAGCAAAUGCUAUGGCUGUGAACUACUUAUCUCAGAACCAAGGUGCUACGAAUGCAGCAGCAAUGAGUGUCAAACUAUCUUUCUCCACAAAAGCUGUGCAAAUUUGCCCCGUGAGAUUAAACAUCCAAUACACGCUGAACAUCCCUUUACCCUCUUGGCAAAACCACCUUACACCAAAUGCUUUUGCUCUUCUUGCGGCAAAUUCAUGGAAGGUUUCACCUUCAAUUGUUCUUUCUGUAAAUUUGACCUCUGUGUCGAAUGUGCUCAUCUUGUUCUGCAGAAACGUAGACUGAAGCACGACAGCCAUCAUCAUUUCUUGACGUCAAUGCAAAGGCCAGCUACUUUUAGUUGCGAUGGUUGUGACGAAAAGAAGGAAGAUUGGUCAUUUUCAUGCAACAUCUGCCCCUAUUGGAUUCAUCGAAGUUGUGCAUUUUUGCCAACAACCAAGAAACGGGAUGAUCAUGAGCACCCGCUUUCCUUGGCUUAUCAUCUCCCAUUUGAUUUGCGUCUCAACCACUUUAACUGUGAUGUUUGCCGUCGGCCACUAAACCCGUCAAGGUGGUUUUAUCAGUGCUACAGUUGUAAACACUUCGUCCAUGUAGGAUGCGUGCAGGAUGGCACCAAACCAGCAGGAGCCAAGGGAUCUUCUUCUUCUGCCAGCAAUCAACCAGAUCAUGGUCUUGAUUUCAAGCCCCUACCGUGGACGGAUAUGUCAGCAGAUUUGAUUAGACCUUUCCUCGAGAAAAUGGGCGACGUUGAAAUACAACUAACCAACCAGAUCAAUCAUUUCAGUCACGAGCAUCAAUUGAUUCUUUCAGUGGCAGAGGUUGACAAGGACAAUAAUGAAGAAGAAAUGUUAUGUGACGCAUGCAUUGAACCAAUUUCUACUCCUUAUUACACUUGUUCUCAGUGCAACUUCUUGCUGCAUCUAAAUUGCGCCAACAUACCAGCAAAAAUGAAAGCACACCACGAUCAUCCAGAACACCAACUUUCGCUGAGAAAAUUGGAAAACAAGUAUGGCUACUUUUAUUGUAAUUUUUGUUUCCUGAACUGCAACGGAUUCUUCUUUGAAUGUGAGCCCUGCAACUACCGAAUCGAUCUCCAUUGUGCUUUCCUGCCAAGGACUAUUACUCAUCAAAUUCAUGAUCAACAUGUCCUCAAUCGAAAUAUAGCACCAAUGGAAUGCUUGUGUGAUGCAUGUGGGAACAAGUUUUUUGGCGAUGCAUCUGAGAAAAAGAUUUCUGGCCUCGUCCGUUACAGUUGUGACGACUGUUUCAAGUUGUCCUUGCAUUAUCAAUGUGCAAUCAUGCCCCAUACCGUCGCACACAGAUGGGAUAAGCAUUGCCUUACCUUGAUGUAUCCCCCUUUUGGUGACCAUCCAGAUGAGUUCUACUGUGAGAUUUGUGGAGAAGAAAUCAAUCCCAAACAUUGGCUCUAUCAUUGCAAGGAAUGCGAUCAAUCCUUUCAUCUUUAUUGCAUCCCUCGACUUCGGAAGGAUCGUUUUAUGAAGUUUGGCAAAACCCUUCAGGUCAGCGAUCACCAACACCCUCUUACAUCAAUCAGGGAAUGUCGAAACGGGUCUUCGUGUAACCGUUGCAGCACAAAAUUGAGCGGAGGAAAAGGCUUUGAAUGUGGAAAAUGUAAGUUUUUCCUCUGUUACAAAUGUGCUUGUGAUGUGCCUCCAGAACCAGCCGUUUGUGUCAUACUGUGAAGUGGGGAUUAUUAGUUAUGUUUUAUUACUAUUAGCACAAAUGGUUUGUAUUGACGAGUGUAAGUCCACCCACUAUAAUAAGUAGAUUUCUAUGUAAUAA